AUGGCUUCCUCGGCGCAACAGCACGUAAACGAAGAGUCGUACAGCUCACGACAACAGCGGUCGGAGCUUGAGAACAUGGCCGACCUGCCUUCUGAGCUUGAGAAAGAGUUGGAUCGCUUAGACGAAGAGUUUUGGAUCUCCGGCGACAAGUUGAAGCAAAUCGUCAAACGGUUCCGCGAAGAGCUGGACGAAGGCUUAGCCAAGCACCAUCAGAACAUUGCGAUGCAUCAGACCUGGGUACAUCAUCUUCCUUCAGGAAACGAAAGGGGUACUUUCCUCACCCUGGACCUUGGCGGAACCAACCUGAGAGUCUGUGAGAUAACACUACAUGGACACGAGAAGAAGGGCAAAGAGAAGACUGAGCUGGAUCAAAAGCAGUACAGGCUGCCCGAGGAACUCAAGAAAGGUGACGCAGAUGGCUUGUGGAACUUCAUUGCAGAAGAGCUGGAAGACUUCGUAAAGAACAAAGGUCUGGACAAGCAGUACACCAAAGAAAAGCCAAUGCCGCUCGGUUUCACUUUCUCUUACCCAGCAACACAAGCGCGCAUCGACCAUGCCGUGCUCAAGACAUGGACCAAGGGUUUCGACAUCAGCGGCGUAGAAGACCACGACGUCGCCCAGCAGCUCCGCGAGAAGAUCGAAGAACGAAAUCUGCCCAUCGAACUGAUUUGCGUGAUCAACGACACCGUUGGCGCAAUGAUAGCAUCUGCCUACAACGACCCCAAAACCAUCAUUGGCGCCAUCUUCGGCACGGGCUGCAACGCAGCAUACAUGGCCAACCUAUCCAGCAUCGGAAAAAUGAAGGAGCCCGACAGGCGCACCGCCAGCGCCCAAAGCGACAAAAUGGCAAUCAACUGCGAGUACGGCGCCUUCGACAACGCCCACCGCGUCCUCCCCUGGACACAAUAUGACAAGCAGAUCGACGCCGAGUCUCCACGCCCUGGCGAACAGGCCUUUGAGAAACUAUCCGCAGGCCUGUACCUCGGAGAAAUCUAUCGUCUCAUCGUGCUUGAGCUCGCAGACCAGGGCCUUGUGUUCAAGGACCAGGAUAUCAGCAAAUUGAGGAAAUCAUACUCAAUUGAUACGGGUUUCUUAUCGCAGGUGGAAGACGACGAUUCCUCCUUCUUCACCAAAUCUCGCUCUCUCUUCAGAGACCUCCUUAACCUUUCCCCGUCGGAUGUCGAAAUCGAGCUCUCGCGGCGCAUCGCCGAAUUAAUCGCUUUCAAGAGGAGGUGGGCGAAGGCGCUGGGUGAGAUUCUGGGGUGGAGUGACGAGGAGAAAAGGGAAGGGGAGGGGCCGAUCAAGAUAACGUCUGCGGAGGAUGGGAGUGGGAUUGGGUGUGCGAUUAUUGCUGCUAUGGAGUUGGACAGACUGGGGAAGGCGUGA